AUGUUUUCAGAAAAGUGUGGGUCAAAGAGCGAGGUGCCGCGCCGCCGCGGGCUGGUGCUCACCUCACGCUGCAGGACCCUGGACCACCGAGUGUGGUCUGUCCUAGCUGACACUGUUGACCAACAACGUGCAGAGGUGCUUCUUGCAAGUAGAAUAGCGAUUGGAGAGGGGCGUCUUAUCUGGCAAGACGUGCGGGAUCUGAUUCUGCCGCCGACGUACCAGGACCAGGAGGGACACUACGCGUCUGACCUGGCGCUCGUGGUGCUGGCCGCGCCCGCCAACUUGUCGGUGGCCGUGCAGCCCGUCUGCAUAGACUGGGAGCUGCGCCACAUGGACCGGCAACUCGCCCCGGGCAGCAUCGGACAGGCAGCUGGGUGGGGUAUGAACGAGUACGACGAUUUCGCUGACACGCUGCACGUCGUCGACAUGCCAGUCAUCGACGACAGACGCUGCAUCGAGGAACAAGAGCGAGACUUCAGAAAGUACGUGCGUUAUACCACGUUCUGCGCCGGUUACCGUAAUGGCAGUGGCGUCUGCAACGGCGACAGCGGUGGCGGGCUGGUGUUCCAGACGGACGAGGGCGCCUGGUACCUGCAAGGCGUCGUCAGCAUCAGCCCGCGGCGGCGCGGCACCUCGCUCUGCGACCCGCACUUCUACACCAUCUUCACCAAGGUUGGCAUCCAUUUGCGAUGGCUGUACAACGUGAUGAAUACAAUUUAACUCUUCAGCAGACACGAGGAUAGCCU